AUGCGCGUGUCCGCCACUACCAUUCUCGCGCUCCCGCUACUUGCGACAGCGGCUGAGUCGCCCUUCGAACAGUACAAGGCCCAGUUCCAGAACUUCCUGAGCUCCUUCGGCGCUUCCGCCCCCAGCGCGGAAAAGCCUGCCGCCGCUGCAGCCCCCGACGCCGCCGCGCCUGCUUCGACGACUGCCGCCAAGAAGAUCUCCGUCUUGACCACCGAGAACUGGAAAGAUGUUCUCUACGAGCCCGUCAAGGCCGAGGCCACAACUCCCGAGGAGUGGUGGGUUCUGAUCACUGGCGGCAACAAGACGUGCUUCGGUCAUUGCGACAAGAUCGAGACCGCUUUCAACGAGAGUGCGUCCAAGUUCGCCAAGCUUCCCGAAUCCCCCCACCUGGGACUCGUCAACUGCGACGACCAGCCCGUCCUCUGCAACGGCCUGUCUGCAGGCACCGCGUCCAUCUGGUCCAUCGGCAUGUUGCCCGCUGGAUCCGAUAUCGACAUCUACAGGAAGCGUCUCAACGUUACCACCACCACCUCGGACGACAUCGUUGACCUGUGGAAGAACAAGUCCAAGGAAGACUGGAUCUUGACGGAGAACAUUUUCCACCCCUUCAAUAGCUUCGUCGGAAAGAACAACCUGACCCUCCCCGUUGGCUACUUCUUCUGGGCUUUCAACCUCAUCCCCAACUGGCUCUUCAUGCUCCUUGUCUCCUUCGGCAGCCGUACCAUCAUGAACCGUCGCAUGAACACCUCGCCCGCCGUCCCCGCUCCUGGUGCCGCUCCCGCUGGUAGUGUUGCGCGGUAA